AUGGCGUCCAGAAAGAGGAAAGCCAAUUCGGAUGGUAGCACGGAUAACGAAUAUUUCGCUUGGACGGAUGAGGAGACAGCACUACUGCUUAAUGUUGCUUUAUCAUAUAAAAAUGAGAAAACGUGCGAGGGGGAAGAAUGGGAAUCGAUACGAACAAGAUCUGAGGAAUUACAAGAACUUUUCAUUGAAAGAUAUAAAUUGUUGUAUAAUGUGUAUAAUGUUAUUAUGUUAAAUAUUGUUUACGCAAUUGUCUUGUCACAGGCGGCCCAAGGUCACGUCUCGAGAAAAAGCCAACGAUUAAUUCAUGAACGCGUCACGCGUUGUGUGACUCGGUGUUAAGUUACGAGAGGAACUGCACCUUAUAAGGAAUAGUAUAGGGAACGAAGUAUGGUCGAUUUACAACGAUACAUAUUUCGAAAUAUGAACAUUUUUCUCGUAAAAUAAAUAAAACUUACGCAUACCCUGUGUAUCCGUUGUAUUUUCUGGCGAUUUUUGCCGUUUUAAGCUUGUUCUACCAUCACUGUUAUUCACGUCAUCUACUUUUAUUACGUUGGUAAAAUCUGUGCAGACAUCACACCAACCAACUCGCGUGCAAAGUAAGAAGACUAUAUUGAAGGCUUGAAAUUAUAUUAGGAUCGAUUUUCAUCAAGAAAUGGGCCAGGAAUUUUCCACAAAAGUGCAAAUAAUCGUGAAGGCUGAUCGCGGAAAAGCGAUUGCGUGACGCUCGGUAAGCUAUAAGAUGACAUGUUAUUAUAUACUAGACGUAAAAACUCUUCAGAUUCUCAGUCUGCAUUUUGUACCCACUCUGCAGUCUGCAGUCUAUAUUUUAUGUCCGGUCUGCAGUCUGCUGUCUGCAUUUUGUAGUAACAGGUAUCCGUGGCACCAAUACAGUUUAUUUUUGGUGACAUUUAUUCGCACAACACAUAUAAUCUACCACAAAAUACCUGUGUGUGAGGUAAUUCGCAUUUUCAUUCUUUUCCGCGUUAAUACUCUUCUUUCCUUUUGUAAGAAUGUAGUCCACUUACAAUGUUUCAAGUAAUCCACCCACCCUAUAAAAAAUAACUCUUGCAUGCAGAGCAUGCCUGUGUUUUGAAAUAGGUGUAUGCCUUUAGCCAGACUUGAGCUCACUAUUUCAGUAUACUAGUCCGACACCCAUAGUAUCACUACACUUGAUUCCAGGGAUCCAGUACCAUCCAGGUAUCCCAGUUACCCUGCUCACAGGGUCUAGUUCCCAGAGCAUCACGCUUUGCUCGCCUGUCUGAAUAGUAAAAAUUUCAGUAGCCUUGAGGCAACAACCCGCUUUUGACUGCUUCGCUGCCGCUGAAACAACGAUUAGUGAAGAAAGCACAUAUUUUAAUAUUUUCAAUUCAACGUAAACAAAAAUCUUUAUAAAUGGUAAAUAUUCACUUGUGUCGGUAUCAAUUAUUACGUGACUAGCUUAUGAUAUAAAUGAGGGAGGGGAAAACACAACGCAAAACCUGAGCUCCUGUCAAAAAGUAAUACCCAGGCGUAAUAUAAUAAUCGAAACGGCUACUAAAGUCAUAAAUAAACAAGGUAAGAUUGUGUGUUGGACUUUUUUACAAAUUGGUGUGAUUUAUGCCAAUUAACGGUGGCGACAAGUAGGUGCACCAUGUACAUUUCAUACUCGCUAUCAAGAAAAUUUUGCCGGACUUUGAGUUCGUCUCAAGAUGGAACAGCACAAAUACACAAGGAAAUUUUUACAGUAACUUUAUAACCAUCCUUAGGUCUUUUAAAAGCUUGAAGCUCAAAGGAUUGUGUCAUAUUGGUCACUGUCAAAACUGUCUUUGUUUUGAUGCUACUUUUCGGCAUAGGAAAAGUAUGUUGGACAAAAAUAUUCACCAAAAAAUAAAUAUUUCUUUGCCAGCUUCAAUAACGACAGGGGAUUAAGUUUAGAUGAUAAAACAAAGGAUUAUGUUCACAGAAAUACCGAAGGUCUAGUACAUUCGUUACAUGAGGUCACACAACUCGGGUAAUAUUCACGGUGAAAAUUUGCAUAUUUGAGCAGUAACCAGUAAAUAGAGCCUUAGAGUGAGAUCCAAAUGUCCGCUUGAGUAAGUCCAAUAAUCUGUUCGAUCUUGCAACAACAGACAGUACGUAGGGUUUCCAAGAUAAAUCACUGGAAAGAACCACCCCAAGAUGUUUGUGUGUAGAUACUUGGGUAAGUAGCUUGCUAUUAAUAGUGUAGUUGCACGGAGAGGGAGUUCUAGCCCUGGUGAACUUCAUGGACUCGCAUUUGUUCCUAAAAGCCACGAGCCACACCAAUCAGUGACUUUAUCUAGACUCUCCUGGGCAGUGAUGGACGUUUGAGAUGGAGGACAGUAAUUAUAGAUUAACAUAUCAUCAGCAAACAUUUCUGCAGGACUUGAUAAAGAUUCAGGGAUGUCAUUGACGUAUAGGAUAAAUAACAGGGGGGCAAGAAUGCUCCCCUGUGGAACACCAGAUGUAGCAGGCGCCCAGUCAGAUUGGCAGCCCUCGAUUACAACACGCUGAGAUCGACCUUGGAGAAAAUUGGAUAGCCAGGAAAGUAGAGAGCCGGUAAUGCCAAAGCGUUCUAAUUUGAGUAGAAGACGGUCGUGAGGAACUGAGUCGAAGGCCUUUUCGAAGUCCAGAAAUAUUACAUCGGUAGAGAGGCGUUUACCUAGUGCUUUGGCCCAUUCAUGGAAAAGGUGUAUCAACUAAGAGGUACAGGAGUAGCCAGGACGAAAGCCAUACUGAUGACUACUAAGUAGAUUAUUUGAUUCAAUAAAUCCUAAAAUGCGAUUGUAUAUCAGUCUUUCCAGGGUCUUUACAAGCAGACUUGUAAGAGAGAUAGGACGAUAAUUCUUGACUAGAUCUUUUUGGCCCUUUUUGAAAAUUGGAAUGACGUGAGCAGAUUUCCAUUCCACAGGCAAGGUGCCAGAUUGGAGUGAAAAGUUAAAUAAAUUUUUCAAGGACUCUGAUAUAGCUGGUGCAGCCUCGCGAAGCAUACGCGCUGAUAUCCCAUCCGGACCAUGAGCUUUUGUAACGUUUAAACCAAUGAGCAAUUUCUCGACCUCAGAUUUAGAGCAAAGUAGACUUGAGAUAACUUGAUCAGUAAAGGGUUGAAGAUCGUCACGUAACUUCUCAGGAAUACCAAUAAAAACCGAUGAGAAGAAGUUGUUGAAUAGCUGUGCUUUAUCGAAGCUGUUUGAAGCCUUUUGGUUCUCUAGAUAUACUUCAGGUGGAAUAGAUCGUGGUUUCGUCUUAGAUUUUAUGAAAGUCCAGAAACGUUUAGGAUUAUUACUGUUUUGAAGAGACUGAACAUGGUGCCAAUAGCUCUUGUUUAUUUCAGAUUUGACCUUGUUUCUGCACUGCUUAUAUUUUUCCCAGUCAGAUUGAAGUUGAGAUGAUUUAGCUUUUUUCCAUAAGCGUUUCCGUUUGUGAAAAAGGCGACGAAUUGCAUAUGUUAACCAAGGAACAUUUCUUUUUCUUUUCAAAUGAUGUGUAUUGAUGUUUUAAUUAACAGCAGCAAAGAACAAUUCUUUCCAUUUAGUCCACAUUUGUUCAACAUUGUUCUCUAAGAAUAUAUUGUCCCAUGGGGCAUUGGAAAGAUCAGAGCGAAAACCUUCCCAAUUUGCAUUUUUGUAAUCGUAAACGAUCUUUGGAGCUUGAUGUGGACGGGAAAUAAAGACAUUAAAGUCGAAACAAACAACGUUAUGAUCUGAAUUUCCAAGGCCACAGUCUAUCUCAACAUUAGCCAAAUGAGCAGGAGUGUUGGUUAAGAUUAAAUCCAAUAAAGCGUCUCCUCUGGUGGGUUUAUUCACAAGUUGUGAGAGGCCAAAACAAUUAAUAACAGAGUCGCAGAAGAAAUCGCUGAUAAUGUCCGGCUGCCAUGGAGCUACAAGGUUCCAGUUAACAUUGGGUAGAUUAAAAUCCCCAAUCAAAAGGAUAUUACAUGAUGGUGGAAGUUUUUCUAGCGAUUGGACCAGUUCAGUUAGGUAGGCCAUAUCGCUGCUUGGAGAGCGGUAGUCUACUCCAAUAAAGUAUGUUGAGCAGGGAUUGAAAUGAACUUCACACCAAAAGGAUUUCACAGUCCGUUUCGAGGUCACAACGUCUAUAACAACAAACGUUAUCCCUUAGAGCUAACAAAACACCACCAUCUUUUCCGAGGCGAUCUCUUCGGUAGAUAUUAUAAUCAGAUGACAGGAUUUCUUGAUCCAUUAUUUCAGGGUUCAGCCAUGUUUCAGUUAUAGCGAUGAUGUCUAAUUCCUUUGUAGCGACCAUAGCUUGCAGCUCAGAUCUCUUGUUGACGAUACUACGGGCAUUUAGACUGCAUGAUUUGAGAGUCGAGGAAUUGAGAGGCCCAGGGUUCAGUUAGAUAUUAGAAGGAAAAGAAUGAAUAGAUAUUUUCUGGUAGAAUAGCGAUGGCGAAGCAUCGAUUUUCCAGAUUUGACGAACUUUCGGUGACUUGUCCUUGGGAAUGUGGCGGCCAGGUAUCAUCUCUUGAGCUUUUCAGCAACACGUUGACAAAAAAUAGCGUCAGGAGAAACGAAAUAAGCGUAGCCACAUGGGGAGCGUCCGCCAUUAUUUGCCAGACUCUAUAUAUCGAUAUCCAAACAAUGAUGAAUUCGAAGUAGACCCAACACAGUUUCCAAACUGUAAGGAUACUAGCAUAUUCUCCAAAGAAAAGAUAAAGAUGAUAAAGUUCGGUUAUUGGAAAGCUGUAGAUUCUUGA